AUGGUUUUCCUGGUUGGAGGUCUGGGAGCCACUAUGUGGAUGCAAAACAAGAGAUUUGAAUCGGAGAGUAAGAUGAAAGACCUUACCUCUCCUCAGCAGAUACAAAAAAUUUCCGAGUCUCUUUCACCUUCUGAUUUUACUAAUUAUCCAAUUGGACAAAUAAUACCACUUGAUGAGGAUUCAAAACUUGUUAGAUUUGUACUUUCAAAGCAAGGAGAGCCAUUGAGAUUAAAUUUAAACAAGACAAUUUCUAAAGUAAAUAUUUUGGAUCCGAGAAAUAAUGAUGAGAAUAGCACAAAAUAUGUACAAGAGUUUUAUCCGAUUAAUGCAUGUGAUACUGUUGGAUUUUUGGAUAUUUUGGUGAGCAAGAAGGAACAACCAGAUUUAUUUAAAUCAAAAACAGGAAUGAGUUUUGGAAUUCAAGGACCUUUUGAAUCGGAAUUUCAAUAUGAUAAAAAGGAAAAUAAGAGUCCAUCAAUUACAUUGGUAGCUCAGGAUGUGGAACAUGGAAUUUCUCCAUCUUUUCAAUUAAUGUCUGAAAUUUUGGUCAACUCCCAAGGAAAUAAGAGUAAUCAACCAAAGAUUCAUCUCUAUUAUAUUGUAUCAAAAUCAAAUUAUCUCUUGAGACAAAGUUUGGAUGAUUUAAAGAUUCCAUUCCAAGGAAAAUUAGAAGUAACCACCAUCAUGAAUAAGGGUGAUAAGAAACCAUGGGAAGCUCUCUCAGAAAAUCUUCACAAUAUCGAAAAACUCAGACAAAACUCCACCUCAGGAUGUCCAAUCAUUAUCUGUGGAACCAAAGAUUUUGAAUCCAACAUGAAAUCCCACCUCUCCAAACAUGAUAUUUCUUCCAUUACUCUCCAAAAAGAUCAAUAA